ACUCAAUUUGGAAUGAAAACUAGUAUGAAGGAGACAAUAGGUUUGAGACAGCAAAUCCGCCGGGCCAAGAUUCCCCCGACUCCAAUCGAACUCAGAUUCCCGCACCAUAAACCGACCAAAGACACCCCCUCUCCCUCACCUUGUUCACUUCAUCGCGUGUAUUUUUAAUCUUCCACAAUCUUCUGCUCCAGUUUGCUACUCCUCUCUUGUACGCCCAGGACACCAAUGGCAACCCUAAGAAAUCUGAAAGUCAAGACUGGUACUUGUAAACGCCUAGUUAAGGAGCUUCAUUCCUAUGAGAAAGAGGUUGAGAGAGAAGCUGCCAAAACAGCAGACAUGAAGGAGAAAGGAGCUGAUCCGUAUGACCUGAAGCAGCAGGAAAAUGUGCUAGCUGAAUCAAGGAUGAUGAUUCCAGACUGUCGGAAACGCUUGGAGGCCUCAUUAGCUGACCUGAAAGGAAUUUUGGCUGAAGUAGAAGAAGAGUUGAACCAGAAGGAAGGCCCUGAAAUUGAAGAAGCUCGAACUGUUAUUGGAGAAGUUGACGCACUGUUCCAGACAACAGAAGCCUAAUGUCAUAGCUUAGUAACGUUACUAACAUCAGGGUGGUUUUCACCUUCGUCUUUUGUUCCGUUUCAAACGAUGGACAGAGUGUGUUGUCUUCACAUUGUUUUCUAAGGAGCCGUAUUCUCUUGCCUGUAUAUGAAUUGAAAUUGCGUGCUGCUUCUCUUUCUUUUGCCCUCCACGGUCUUUUGAAUUUCGGUUUGUUUGGUACUGUGUUAUUCCAGACCCUGACUCUAUAUUGAAUGGAAAAACAAGAGCAGAGAUACAAAAUAUAUUUCUUGGUAGGA